UAGUUGUCGGAAUCAACUAAUACAGUUGUCAAAGAACCAUAUGCACUUGUUGCUAACUCGUCUCAUCAACUAUUAAAAUUGUUUGACAACUCUAGGAACAGCUCAUCAACCGUGUGCACUUGUCACGCUAAUAUUGUGGACCCACUCAUUCUUUUCAUUACCCUCCCCUCCACCCCCCCUCCACACACCCCGAGUGAAAGCAGCAGCUACUAUUGAUACACUACCAACCCUCUCUCCACCUUAAGCUUCUAGAUUCUUCUAUUUAUAAAUAUCUAUAUUCAUUCAUUUCACCCAAAACUUUUUCCUCUACACUUUCUCCAUUUUCUAUGGCUUGUACUGCUGCUACUUGUACUACUCUUCUUUCUUCAAACCCUAGGGCUUCUGCUUUUGCUGCUUCAUCCAAUUUGCCUUCAAUUUCUCAGUCAAAAUUUGUUCCUUCUUCUUCUUCUUCCUCUUUCAAUGGACUCCGUAACUGUAACCCUUUAGUUUCUCGUGUAUCGCUUUCUCGCUCCAACAAAUCUCGGUCAUUCAUCGUUCGCGCUUCUAGUGAAGUCCCACUUGUUGGAAAUAAGGCACCAGAUUUUGAGGCUGAGGCUGUUUUCGAUCAAGAGUUUAUCAAGGUUAAACUUUCUGAGUAUAUCGGGAAGAAAUACGUGAUUCUCUUUUUCUACCCACUAGACUUUACUUUUGUUUGCCCGACAGAGAUUACUGCUUUCAGUGAUCGUUAUGAAGAAUUUAAGAAGGUGAAUACAGAAAUAUUGGGCGUCUCCGUAGACAGUGUGUUCUCCCACCUUGCCUGGGUCCAAACUGAUAGGAAGUCUGGUGGACUUGGUGAUCUGAAUUAUCCAUUGAUUUCAGAUGUGACAAAGUCAAUUGCAAAAUCUUACAAUGUUCUGAUACCGGAUCAGGGAAUUGCAUUGAGAGGACUUUUUAUCAUCGACAAGGAAGGAGUUAUUCAACACUCCACCAUUAAUAACCUUGCAAUUGGUCGAAGCGUUGAUGAAACAUUGAGAACACUUCAGGCAUUGCAAUACGUUCAGGAGAACCCAGACGAGGUAUGCCCAGCUGGGUGGAAGCCCGGUGACAAGUCAAUGAAGCCAGAUCCCAAGGGCAGCAAAGAAUAUUUUGCAUCCAUAUAAGGGUCUGCAAUAUAGAGUCAUUUGUUGUUAAAGUGAGGUUGUAGAGCUUCUGUAUCUUUGAGUUUCAAGCAUUUUUCUGAAUAAUGUAAGCACACCCCGAAGUUAUGAACUUAACUCAAAUUCUGAACUCGGAUCAUAAGUCCGCUUUGAGUUGCUUUUCCUUUAGCCGAGGUCUAUUGGAAAUAGCCUCUCUACCUCUCACGAUAGGGGUAAGGACUGCGUACCCUACCCUCAAGCUCUACUCGUGAGAUUACGCUAAAUAUAUUAUAGUUGUGGUUGGGCUCAAA